AAAGUAACAUUUAUUAAAAACCCCGCUGCAGUUGAAAUCUACGUGAAGAAGAUCAGCGGGUCCCAGGAAGCAUGGCGCUGGUUGUGUAUCGGCUCGACUCCCUGCGCUGCGGGGUCCGGAGGUAACGGCGGUGUCAUCGCGGGGGCUCUAGCCGACGAACAGUGAGUGAGAGGCGGCUUGGAACGAGAGGGCGUCUCCCCUGGUUGUUCCAGAAUCCCACCAAUGGAUGAAAGCCUGUCUCGGAGGGAAGCAGCAGCUCGUCCGAGGCGGGUGUCCACUGCUGCUGCUGCCGAGCUCGGAGCUAACACUAGCCUGCAAGAUGGCGAGGUAAUCGAGGUACACCCACCCCGAGAAAGUCACCUCGGUCCGGGCAGACUGAGCGCCGCCGGGGGGAAGAUGGACCGGAGGAACUCGGUACUUCAGGUGGUCCACCAGAGACAUAUGCCGAAGGAGCCGCUCAAGUUCCACAUACCGAGGAAAACCAAGGAAAAGAAAGCUCUGUUCCAGUAUGUCUCCACUGAGUCCAGGGAGUACGAAGACAUGCUGACCAUCUUGACCUCCAGCUACAUCGACACCUUCUCCACCGGCUGCUUCACCUACUGCAAACCUCGGCUCGUCCACAGCGAGCUGCUGGAGAAAGAGUUUGUAGAAAAAAGGAGGGAGAUGAAGUCGGACGGGAGAACGGACAAGGAGCUGGAAGAGAGCUACUGUUUCCUGUUGGCUGAUACUGUUAAGCUGCCUGAUAUCUGUGAGAAGGGGCUGUUGGUGGGUCAGAGCUGGAUCACAGUGCUGGGAAACCCCACUAAAGGAGUGUAUCUGUCCAGGUACUCAGACUUGCUCCAGAUUAACUCCAUAACCCCUGGAGCCACAGGGGAGAUCAUAAUCUUCAAAGUGAUGAAGGGGAAAGUGAAGAGCAUCUAUGAAAACAUGAAGAACCUUUUAGAUCCAACGCCGCGCUUCGACAGCCACAUCUCCAAGAACGCCAGCAAAGUCACGUCGCUCACCUCCUACCGCGCCCUCGAACUCACACAGCAAUAUUUCUAUGAGUAUUGCUUUGAUGAGCUGCGGCAGCGGCCUCGCCAGGUCUGUCCGUACGCCGUCGUCUCCUUCCAGUUUAAAGGAAAAGAUUCUCCACUUCCCAGCAAUCCUCUGGCCCCCAUCAGAUUGAACAGCCAAUCAGCAGAGGGGAGUAAAGAGCGUGCUCAGUUCACAGUGUGGACUGGAGAUUUGGUGAAAGGUGACAGAGUUCUCUUCCAGAUCUCCCUUCGAUCCUUCUCUCCUCCCUUCCUGCCCCACAGACUACCAGAGAAGUUGGAAAUUGGUUCAUUAAUGAGGCUCGACCAGGUGACCAAGCUCCUCCCCUCUGACCUGUUCUCCUACAACCUCUACAACAACAGCCAAGAAGUUGUGAAGAACGGUCAUUGCUGCAGUCUCCUGGAGGUGGCUGACAGAAGUCGGUCUACGACCAGCCUGUCGAAACUGCUGCAUGAACUGGAGAUAAAGAGAGUGGUUCUGGUGACUCAACUUACAGAGAAAGGCUUUCUCAUCCUGCUGUCCAGUGUUCAGAUGGCCACACCCACUGAGAGAGGAGAGAACUGGAACAGGUGUCUUCAGGCCUUGUUUGUCUUCCCAGAGUCCAGAGAUGUGGCCACAUCCACAUUAAGGUCUGCCUCCUCUUCCCAUGAUGCCUCAAAGUCGUUGAUGCCUGGUGUCACGGUGAUGCCACAUCUGAACCAGUUUAUCCCAGCGUUGCACCACGCCCUGGUCAAGGCCCGCGCCAACCCCCCUCCUGAGCUGUCUGCCGGUGUGGAGCGCCAGGCACGGGAAUACCUCAUCGGCCAAAACGAUGGCAAAGUUCGACAGUACCCCAUGAGCAAGUACGAAUCCAAAUUGGAUGAGCCAGGAAAGCCGUUUCCUGCUCCCAAACACCACAGACUGAACAUGGACGGAUAUCUGCGCUCCUACCUGUAUAACCCCGUCCUGUACCUGCUGUCAGUGGCCCGGGCCAGGCUAAUGAUGGAGGCGCUCUGUGGCCCUGAGGAGCCUCAGGAUGUCAGGCCCAGGAAGAGCUGUGGAGGCCAGAGAGAGGCGACGGGGAAGGAAAUGACCAGUAGCGCUAAAGAUGGACAGACCAACACUCAAAAGAUGCAGCAGCUCAUAGACCUGGUUUUAACCUGUAAGAGGAAUGCGGAGAAUGAGGUGAACAGGGAGGAAGGAGGAGGAGGAAUGGUGAAGGCACCAGGGAGGAAGAGGCGACUGGAGCAGGAGAAGGCAGAGAGGGCGAUCAAGUUCCUGAAGGCAUCACAGGAACCUGGAAGACACAGCAAGAUUCCAGUUGAGGGAAACCAAGUCCCAGCCUCACCCGGCUCUCUUGCAUCUGUGAUUGGCUCAGUGGGUUUGAAGGAUGUCGAUCUGAGGGAAGAUGGAUCUGAACUAGCUGCCAAACUUCUCAGCCUUCUGACAGGCCUCAACCAGGCUGCCAGGGGAACAGCCACUCAGAACGUUUGUGAAGUGCAAGAGGAAGUCCACAGGGAGUCCUGUCCAUUUGAGAGGUUGGCCACCAAACUGGGUCUGCCCACCAACUGUGACAUUGACCUGAGGAAGCAGGAGGAGCUGGAGGAGCAGACGGCGGGCAGCAUCAGUAGUUUGGAGGGAUUCAGUCCCAGUUCCCACAGCGGGGAGAUGAAUCACCACGGAGUAGCAGGUAGAGGAGGAGGAGGAGGCCUGGGGAGGAGAGCAGGAGGAUAUGAAGAGGAGGAGGAAGGGGGGGAGAUCCCGUGGGUCCUCAUUCCCAUUACAGCCCUCUCCCUCCCCCUCCCAAUUGCCCAUAAUCACCACCCCACCGACCCCAGCCCUCCCCCUUCGCCCUCCCAAUGCCCGUCUCCAGAGCCCAGUCCUCCCCAUUCCCUGUCUCAGUGCCCGUCCCCGGAGCCUAGCCCUCCCCCUUCUCCCUCCCAGUGCCCAUCUCCACAGCCCAGUCCUCCCCCAUCUCCUUCCCGAUGCACGUCCCAUGAGUUCAGCCACCCCCCCUCCCCCUUCCGGUGCCGGUCCCCAGCGCCAAAUGAGCUCAGCCUGUUUAACAAGGACCACAGUGGUGCUAACGAGGAACGUUUAGCCCCCACAGGAGUGUGCAAGGACAAAGAAGAGAAACCUCAGGGCAAAAGAAAGAAGAAUGAAGAGCCAUCCAUCUCCAUCCAGCCAUAUAUCACUCCAGCUCCAGAGAGGAGGACAAACUUCUCACUCCCAGCACCCACUGAGCGAGAGAAGGAAGGUGGAGAGGUGAAGGAGGUGCAGGCAGAACCUUUAGUGAAGGAAAAAGAAACUGAGCCAGUUGAGAGAAUGCAAAAGAGAGGAAACAAUGAGGGUGAGCUGGAGGACGAUAAGGUGGUGAAAAUAAUUCAGGUGGCAGGUAGUGAGAAGGAGCAAAAGGGAGAAGCGAAGGAACUGGUAGUUGGCUCUUUGUUUUCUCCAUCCAUCUCCUCACCUCCUCCUCGUCCCGUCCGAUGUAUUGACAGCAUCGUGGACAAACAUCUGGGCAACUUCUCCUCUGAGAUGCAGCUCGUCCUGCAGGAGGAGAGCAUUAAUUACAACUUCCCACAGUCCCCACACUCCACUUCAAACACAGACGCUACAGCACUUCAGCACACACUCCCACACACUCCCAUAUCUCAGUUUUCACAUUAUGUGUCUUUCUACAACCCCAGCCCCCCUGUCCAGGACUAUGUUAGCUCCCUACAGGACAGCAUUAACAGCAUGCUGAAAAAGUUUGGUGAGAGCUGUCCGAGACAGAAGGCUGCCACCAGCCGGACUCACACCGAUGCGGCAUUGGCUUGCAAAGUCAGUGCUUUUGUGUCCAGCAUCAGAGCAGCUAAAGCCAAAACAGGCGGAGAGGAUGACGAUGAUGAACUGACAGCUGCUGACGGCGGUGCUUCAGUCAGUCAAACUCCUGCACUCUCCAGAGGAGGUGAAGCGUGGCAGCCACAUACAAUCCCCACACCUGAUACUACAAACAGCAGGAAUACCACAACUUUUCACGUCACUUUACCAGUUACUACCUCUGCGUCUGGUUCUGUCUACAAGCCUACCAACACUGCCGUCCUCCAUCCUUCUCCUAACAUGUCCCCGCAGUCCCACUGGACGCCACAGCAAAGUCGCACUUUAGAGACUAACAGAACAGUCGCUCAUAACAUGAGACAAACGCAAGAAAGCAGCGUCACCAGGACUGUGCAGUGUACCGCUGGUGUAGAGAGUGGGAGUAGUCUUGGAGCUACAAGUUGUGAGGGGGCUUUGCCAGGGUUCAGCAGUGUAUCGAAGCCCUCGACAGAGUCAUCGCACCCCUCCGAGCCGGUCUCCGGGCCCAGCCGAGGCCCCGCUCCCCCAGCCACAGCCCUGAGCUCCCUGAUCAGCCAGCUGCAGCCAGAGGUGUUCAACAGCCUGGUGGAGAUCAUCAAAGACGUCAAGAGAAACUCCCUGCAGUUCUACCUCCACAGCACCGAGCCAGAGGACCGGGUGUAUGAGGACAUCAAGGAACACCUGUUGAAGCAGGGUAACGUGGAGCAGAAUCCCACGGCCUUUUUAAACCAAGAAAACUCAACAACAGUCAACAGACUGAUGGUCAUCAUUAAAAACAAAGACAUCGCUGAGCACAUACACAAGGUUCCAGGUCUGGUGUCUCUGAAGCGACACCCCACUGUGGUGUUUGUGGGAAUCGAUACACUGGAUGACAUCAGGCACAACAGCUACAACGAGAUCUUUGUUUCUGGAGGCUGCAUCGUUUCUGACGAGUUAGUCCUCAACCCAGACUACAUCACUCACGAUCGACUGGCUGCACUGUUGAUGCUCCUGGAACAGCACAGUUCUCCAGAGAGCGUCUGGAGGUGGAAGAUUCACUGCAAAACCCACAAGAAAUUAAAAGAACAAGCCAGGUUCAGGAGAGAUGCAGCCAACCUCCUGGACCUACUGUCAGCCUAUCAGAAGCGGCAGAUCGUCGAGUUCCUCCCGUAUCAUCACUGCGAUAUGAUGAACCAUCAGUCACCUGACCUGAACUGUCUCAUGGAGCUCCAGGCCCGAUACACACAGUAUCGACACACUGUCCUCUUAACCGAGAGUCCUUUUGAGAAGUUUCCCGCCUACUCCAGCGGCGGCAUCAUCGUGGCCAGUGUUGACAAAAUUCUACAGGACUUCACCAGAGUGGUCGGUUACCAUGACAUCAAGGACAAGCAGCCGAUCGUAGAUGACAUGCUGUCUCCUAAAGGUCUGGGCAGGCAGCUGAGUCGCAGUGACUCUGUGUCGGGCUCUGAACGCUCGCCCUCUAUCUUCCCAGAACACAUCCGCUCCCUCUCACCCCAUGAUCAACCCCAACAUCUCCUCCAGCAGUCCGGCUCCGGCCUCCCCCUCCUCUCACAUCUCUCUGACCAGCUUGUCCCCGACGCCUCCUGUAAGGAAGGGGUGCCGCACCAUUCAGGCACAGACUUUGAGGUUCUUCGACUGGCCAUCUCACAGUUACGGGCUGAACGCCAGGCGCAGCUGCAGCAGCAGCAGCGGUUCGACUCCCAGGCAGAGUUGAGCAUCAACCCCCUAAAAAGAUUCCUUCCCAAUCCUGUUCAUACAGGAAGCCGACACACCAGUCCUGUUUUAAGUCAAGGAGGCGCUUCUGAGUCGGUCACUCCUGGUAAGAAAGCCGUGGCAGCCACUCUGGAGUUGAUCCACUCAGACCUGCAGCUGGGGCUGGGCGAGGAGGAGGUGAAGGCGGGCAGAGCAGAGGGACAGAGGAGUGGAGGAAGUCAAGGAGGAGGAGGAGGAGGAGUAGAGUCUGGAAAUCAGAGAAAUCCCAGUAAUGGCGACAAGUCGAAAUCUUUGUCCAAUCAGAACACAGCUGCAGGGACGGGAACAAAUAUCCUGACAGACUCGACCAAUGACGGGAGAGAAAAAGAUCAACAAGCAGAAUCUGUGUUUCCCAAAGCAGCUAAACAUAGUGCAGCAUCUGCCAGUACCACAGCUUGUCCUGUAGAGGGCGACAGAUCAAGAGACACGCAGUCGGGCCAGGAGCAGCCAAUAAGCGGAGAGGGAGCACCACCUGGCAACAACAGCAGCGUGGGACCUGCCAGUACCAGCAAGGUAACAGACCAGGAGGACGACCCUGUUCCCCGUUUACAACAGAUCCAGCAGCUCCAGCAGAGUCUGUCCCAGCGACAGCAACCGCCUCACAGCCAGCAGCGGGUCCAAAGCCUCCUGCCUCCCCCCCACAUGCAGCCCCCCCACCUGCAUCAACUCCCCAACCAGCCUUUCUCCCACGGCCCCUUCCUGGCGCCCCUGACUGCAAUGGGAGGUGGCCUCCUGGGGCCCACGCCUGUCUGGCCAGGGGGUUUGGGCCCCGCUGGCCUGGUCUGGGGCUUCCAACAGGGUGGCAGGGACUAUGCUGGUUCUAGACUGCUGGGGGGGUACCACAACCCUGCAGGUCAGGGCAGCAACAGGUACAGAGGGGGGCAGAGAGGAGGGGGCUUUAACGGGAUGUAGAGCCAUCCAGUUUAAACUACACCAGCUGAUUAACCCAGGUAACACUCCUCUCUGACCUCUACACACCGGCAGCAGGUUUAGGAGGGGGAAGAAAACCAAAAACUAAACACCCAGACUGUGCAGAACCUCAUUGUAGUCAAAGGAAGAGGCUGAAACUGUGCAUGCAGGCUCCCAUAGGUCUCUAUUUAUGUGUGAUGUCCAACCCUGAUCCAGGACUGUCACAUGUCACAGUUCUGGAUCUCCAAGAGUCUGGUCAGUCGGGUUUGUGAGAUCGGUUACAGAAGGAAUGUUGAACUCUUUUACUAUCAUAAACAAUGACACAUUUUUACAAAAACAAAGAUUUCUUGGUGAGGCUGUUUGUUGACCUCUUACAGUUUGUUAGUUUAUCAGUGAGGCAGCAAAUCCAUCCAGAAUGAACCCAAACAGAGAAAACUGAGAUCUACUGUGUGGGUUGCGUUCAGAUAGCUCAGAAUGAAUGUUUUUCUUUCUUUCUUUCUUUGAAAAGGUGAAAGUCCUAAUUUGCACUGACUUUGAUAGAAGGGACGUUUCUUAGUUGUAGUAAAUCGUGUUGUUUUGUUACCUUUUAAAGCCACAAAGAUUAUCUCCCAUCCAGUGAAUAUAUAUUGUUCAGUAUUCUUCCUGUAGCCAAUGUUAUGAACCUGUGAGUGACUGAAAUGUCUCAUGCUCUUCAUCAGACAGCCCUCUGACUCUCUAAUAAAAUGUAGAUAACACCUCUGAAUGCCCCCUAAAUGAACACCCCUCUUCGGUUUGAUGCCAGUAAAAAUAAACCCUCACACAGCAAAGAAUCAGCUGCUGUAGAGUUUGGACGGUUAGUGGAAACCUACUGUUUGUUAUCUACUGUAACCACUACCUGUUCACCCGUUAGUACUUAAAGAAGUCACAUGUAGAAGGCCAAAAAAAAAAAAGAGGAAAUGCCUCUACUGUUUCUCUGCCAUGUUUUCAGAUCUUUUAUAAAAUCUCACUGAACGAGAUCAGACAUGUACAUAAAUACAUUCUCAACUCUGCCUCAUAGAGACCAUGUUCUGUCUGGAUCAGCGGUCUCCCGUUUAAUUGGUUCAAGUGAGUAUGAUUAAUCUGUUUUGUCUCUGUACACCGCUCUGAUUCAGAGCAUUGACUGAAAUGUUCCUCUGGUGGGAUUUUCUUUCUUGAAUGCACCCCGCCCUGUUUGUUUGGACACUUUUUUUGGACUGGCUGUGUUUUUCACACUGUGGAACGAUAGAUAGUUGUGUAUUUGGGUGCAGGAGGGGGGCGGACUCUGAAUGUUUCUCGAAGAAACCCUGAAAGUUUAUUCCAGCAAAUUCAUCUCUUAAAAGGUACCUUUGACGAUGUUUUCUACAGUGAAGAAACAUAAGCUGCUCAUUUGUUCUCUUUGCCUCGUGGGAGACUCCGAGACGCAACCUGGUUUCUUGAAGUGGAAACUGAGACAAUGGAAGAACUUUAAUAAAAAAAAUAAAAAAAAACCCUCUAAAGGAAGAAGAUGGACGGACUGCCUUACACGUCUUCCAGUGGACACUUUAUGUCUUGUUUUUUUUUGUACUGAAAGUUUAAUUUGUUCCCCUGGGAGCUGUUUGUGUUUAGUUUGCUGUUGUAUGUACAGUAGGAAGUGACUCUGUAACUGACUGGUUUUAACUUAAAAAGUCAUUUUUUAUGUUUUUUUUACAUCAGAGGUGUUUUGUAUUAAAACUUGCUUGCGUAAACCA